CCGCCGUCCGGGGCCUUAGGGACAUCGGACACUGCCGGCCGCCGGCGGAGAUGUGACCCCGCUCCGCCGCCCAUGUGGGGCUCCCGACCCCCAGCGAGGGCAGCGGCCAGAAGGGCCCCGGCGCCGGGCCGUCUGGCCCUCCCCCUGCUGCUGCCGCCGAUCCUGCUGCUCGCGGCCGCGCCGUCGGGACGCGCAGUUCCCUGUGUCCCUGGCAGUUUGCCUAAGCCUGCAAACAUCACCUUCUUAUCCGUCAACAUGAUGAAUGUUCUACAGUGGAGUCCACCAGAGGGCCUACAAGAAGUGGGAGUUACUUACACUGUGCAGUAUUUCAUAUAUGGGCAAAAAAAAUGGCUGAAUAAAUCCGAAUGCAGAAAUAUCAAUAGGACCUACUGUGAUCUGUCUGCUGAAACUUCUGACUAUGAGCAUCAAUAUUAUGCCAAAGUUAAGGCCGUUUGGGGAACUAAUUGUUCUAAAUGGGCAGAAACUGGACGAUUCUAUCCUUUCUUAGAAACACAAAUUGGCCCACCAGAGGUUGCUUUGACUGCUGAUGAGAAAUCCAUUUCCGUUUUUCUGACUGCUCCAAAGAAGUGGAAGAAGAAUCCAGAAGAAAGUUCCAUUUCCAUGCAACAAAUAUACCCUAAUCUGAAGUAUAAUGUGUCCAUCUGUGAUACUAAGUCAAACAGAACGUGGUCUCAGUGGGCGACCAACCACACGCUGGUGCUCAGCUGGCCGGAGCCGGACACUCUGUACUGCAUCCACGUGGAGUCCUUUGUCCCUGGGCCUCCUCGCCUUGCUCAGCCUUCCGAGAAGCAGUGUAUCAGUACUCUGAAAGAUCAAACACCAGCACGGAAGGUUAAAGUCAUCUUCUGGUAUGUUUUGCCCAUAUCUGUUACUGUUUUUAUCUUUUCUGUGAUGGGCUUCUCCGUGUACAGAUACAUCCAUGUUGGCAAAGAGAAACACCCAGCAAAUUUGAUUUUGAUUUAUGGAAAUGAACUUGACAAAAGAUUCUUUGUACCUGCUGAGAAAGUUGUGGUUAACUUUAUAACCCUCAAUAUUUUGGAAGAUUCUAAAAUUUCUCAUAAGGAUAUAAGUGUGCUGGAACAGACCAAUGAAGUAUCAGACCGGAAUGAGCCUGGCAAGGACCAGGAGCCACAUCAAGAGGAAAUGGGGGUGAAACACUUAGGGUAUGCUUCACAUUUGGUGGACAGUUUUUGUGACGCUGAGGAAAGCCCCAAAGAGAUUCUCCUGACCCAGCAAGAGUCACUCAGCAGAACAAUGCCCACAGAUAAAAUGGUUGUUGAAUAUGAAUAUGAUGUAAGAACUACUGACAUUUCUGUGGGGCCUGGAGAUCAAGAGCUCAGUUUGCAGGAGGUGGUGUUCCUACCAGGAAAAUUAUUUGAUCGACAGACAGCUUUGGUGGACUCGGGCCUACACACAGUACUGUAUUCGUAUGCCCCUCAACUCAGAGACUUGGACCAUCUGCCAACAGAGCAUGUGGACUCAGAAGAGGGGCCAGAAGAAGAGCCAUUGACUACACUGGUUGACUGGGACCCUCAGACUGGCAGGCUGUUUAUACCUUCACUAUGUGACUUUGAACAUGACUCAGAGGUCUGUGAGCAUCCUGAGUACAAGGAACUCCCAGGUGAGAGCCUUUUGUCUAGACUUUAUGAGGAUCAGGCUUCAGACAAGCCUCUGGAAGAAGAUGAAACCUAUCUAAUGCAAUUUUUGGAAGAAUGGGGAUUAUAUGUACAAAUGGAAGACUAACACCCAAACUUCCCUCUCUGCCCGACCCCUACUACAAGACAUGUGUGUGUGAACAAUUGAGUGACAAAACAAUAAAGCACCUGGGAUAAAAGAAGUUUACCCAUAUUUUUCUGUGUCAGGGAGAACUACUUAUUUCUCCUCUUUCUCCUCAUAGCAGUUGUUUCAUUCUGCCUCAUAUGGGCGAUUGGUUCGUGCCUAUGUGGCUCUCACAGGGACAGCAGGCCC